UUCCCUAUUAAAAUGGGUGAACCACCCUGUUCACCAAGUCAUACCUGCUCAGGAGAGCCCCCUGUGGACUGUAAUGACACUGCACCAUGUCUUGUGGAUACCAUGGUUAAGGGGAAAACUGGGAAGAAGAACAAAAAAAUUAAUAAGAAAAGACAAAGUGCUGCAUGUCAAAUGAAAACAGACAGUGAGUGCACUCUGGUCACUGCUGAGCAGUCACCACCCUCGCAACACUUGCCUGAGCACCUUGAAAAAAGGUCUGCAGGAUCGAAGAACAAAAAGAACAGCCAAAAAACAAGAAUCCUUACACCUGCAACUUCACUAGCAAGAUCCUCUCAUCAAGAAGAUCCCAGCAGUUCACAGAAAGCAUCAGCUACCUGCGCCCAGUCAACCCAGACGGAGUCUCCUCAACUCCAGUCUUUCCAAACGCAGUCAACACAAACCCCUCCAAUCCAGGGUAUACACUCGCCAUCAACAGAAUCCAAGUCAACACAGACACAACAUUCCAGUUUUUCCUUACAACAGGCAUACUGGGGAAGAUCUUUCACAGAUCAAUCAACUGAUGAACAGGAAACCCAAUCCAGCUCCAGAAGCAGUCAUCUAACUGUGUUAUCCUGGAAUAUAGAUUGCCUCGAUACAGACAAUAUCUCUCACCGGGUCAAAGGCCUACUGUCACAAUUUGGAAAGUACAGUGCAGAUGUAGUACUGUUGCAAGAGCUUGUUCCUGGUUGUUUGACGACAUUACAGAACAUUAUGAAAGACUAUCAGUUUCUGCAAGGCAGUGAGGAUGGCUAUUUCACUGCCAUUUUGCUCAGAAAGGACAGAGUGCAGCUGCUCCAGAGCAACAUAGUGAAGUACCCCACCACAGAGAUGGGUAGGAACCUGCCAAUAGCAAACGUGAGUUUUUUAGGGCAUCCACUAUGCAUUAUGACAUCUCAUCUGGAGAGCUGUAAGUCCAACUCUCAAGAACGCUUGAAUCAGCUGCGGAGAGUCUGGAAAUGGAUCAAAGAGGCUCCAGAGGACCACACAGUUAUAUUUGGAGGAGAUACCAACCUUAGAGAUUGGGAGGUGAAGAAGCUCGGGGGGCUGCCGGAUGGUAUCUCUGAUGUGUGGGAGAUGCUGGGGGAACCGGAGGAAAGCAAAUACACCUGGGACACAUCCAUUAAUGAUAACAAAGAAAUCCCUCAUUCUAUAUGCCUGCGAUUUGACAGACUUUUCCUCAGAGCAGCUGCAGAGGAUGCCCAUUUACGGCCAGAAAGCAUGACCCUGAUUGGUCUGGAGAAGCUGAAGUGUGACUAUUUCAUCAGCGAUCACUGGGGCAUCCUAUGUGCCUUCAAAUGUGAGGUAUCAGAAGAGCAGCGUGUCAAUGAAUGA